AUGUCUACCGGCUGGAAUCUGUUCCGUGAAGCUCAGACGUUGUACGCCCGAGGCGAUGCCGAUGGGGCCUUUAAGCGCUACCAGAAAGCUAUCAAGAAGAUCGUGAAUGAUGAAAACGUUAUGAGGCAGUUACCCAUACCUGGCGAGGUGUUUCCUGAUGAUACCUAUCCGAGGCAGACUCUGGGCGCAGCAUGGAGGAACUUUAUUGGUUUGUUCAAGGACUCAGCGCUGGGUAAGACCAGGGAGAACUCGCCGGACGCAUACAAGCUGCUCUACCGCUACCGUCCCACUUCCACCAAGGACCACGCCCGUUUUUCCACCAAGAAAGCCAGGCUCUACCUGACGGGCAUGCAAAUCACCGCGGGGCUGACGCUCGGGCUGCUCGCCUGGGAGGAGAAUGACCGGCCGACCGCCAUGAAACGAUUCCGUGAGGCUCUGGAACUCGCCGCCGCGAACCCACCGUACUCUGACCUCGCUAAUGCGCGUCAGCCUUGGGACCGCUUCGUCUACAUGGAGGUGAAUGAUGUGCGAGACGGCCUCGCUGAGGUGUUCCAGAACGACCCUGAGAACGCGCAGCUGCUGGAGAUGUACGGUGUGGAAGGUGGGGAUAUGCGGAAGGAGGUGUUUGGAGUUGGAUACGUCAAGUAUGAGGCCGAUGGGGGGAUUACGUUCGAGAGGAACGUGAUGGUCGCGUCGGAUACGUGGACGGCCCGUUGGAGGCGCGAUGUGAAGCUGCGCAAGUAUUGCCGCUGCAAGGAGAUUGCUCGUAAGGCGUGUAUUUUUACAUGGCUUUUAUUGCUCGUCUGUGCAGAUCGUUUCCUUAGAUUGUGGAACCCGAUGUUAGAUGAGGUGAGUUCAAUUGUUUUCUGGUUUCGUUGA